AUGUGUCUCAGAUUCAAUGCAAGUGAUUUUCUAGAGAGAAGCAGAAAUGGAAGGAUAAUAUUCGCCGGAGAUUCGAUAGGAAGAAACCAAUGGGAGUCACUAUUGUGCAUGCUAUCAACCGGAGUUUCAAACAAAUCAUUAAUAUAUGAAGCAAAUGGAGUUCCUAUAACCAAGCACAAAGGAAUCUCAAUGAUAUUUCAGGACUUCAACUUGAGUGUUGAGUAUUACCGUGUCCCCUUCCUUGUACGACUAAGCCGUCCACCACCUAAUUCGCCGGGACAAGUACAUGGAGCUAUUAAGGUUGACAAGCUCCACUGGUGGUCGGAGAAAUGGCUGGGAGCAGAUGUUUUCGUCUUCAAUAAUGGUCACUGGUGGCAUGAGGCGAAAACUAUCGCAUCGGGCAUCUACUUUCAGGAAGGAGGGGUUGUAAAUAUGACAAUGGAUUACACUGAAGCUUUUCGAAGGUCGAUGAGGACACUGAAGUCAUGGGCAGAAGAGAAGUUAAAUUCACAAAGAAGCCACAUUUUUUUUCGAAGCUAUGCUCCAGUUCAUUACAGGAAUGGAACAUGGGAUGCAGGAGGUACUUGUAAAGAUAGCCUGGCCCCUGAGACGAGCAAAAAGAAGCUGCAGGCAGAUCCGCCAUUCAACCAAUACGUUCUAGAUGUGGUCAAAGAAAUGGAAGGCAAUGAGAUGAAGGUCAAUUUUCUGAAUAUUACAUAUCUGUCUGAGUUUAGAAUGGAUGGCCACCCAUCGAUCCAUCGCGAGCCACUUUCUGAACAGCACUUCAUAGAAGACUGUAGCCAUUGGUGUCUACCUGGGGUUCCAGACAUAUGGAAUGAACUUCUAUACUCGCAGCUGCUGGCAAAAGAUUUUAGAACCAAGAGAAACUAA